AUGAGAAAGUUCGUUCAUCACCUUUGCACCCUUGCUACUGUAAAUUAUUCACAGCUGCCCAAUUUGGACUUUAAGUGGCCAUUUGACUCAUCAACUCCUCCAAGGAAGGUCCGUUGCUGGGCUGUGAAGGAGGCUGUUGUUGAGCUUGAUUUUGCUGUGCAGAUUGCUGCUGUCUCAAGGGAGGGGGCAAGUACUUUAGUUGUUGUUGCUGUUGCUGCACAGGGUGGUGUAUUGACUGGUGGUAUGAAGGAUGUGGAGACUGUUGUGGAUAAGCAUACUUCUGAUGUUGUGGUUGUGGAGCUUUGUACUUAUAAGAGGAACUUGAAGAAGAGGAAAGUCCAGACAGUUUCAUCCUUGUCCCAAUCUAGCCUUCCACAGAAAUCCGGUGAUCCAGGAACUUUCUCCAUUCCCUGCACAAUUAGAAAGUCCUCUUUUGCUGAUGCUUUACUGGAUUUGGGAGCUUCUAUCAAUGUUAUGCCAUCAGCUGAUGAGAACUCGACUUUAAUUCUGGGUAGACCAUUCUUGAUGACUACAAAGACCAAGAUUGAUGUCCAUACAGGCACACUGUCCAUGGAGUUUGGAGAUGACACAGUUCACUUCAAUAUCUUUGAUGCCAUGAGACAUCCAGCUGAGAGCCAUUCAAUGCUUUCUGAGUGUUCUGAUUUUUCUAUUUUUCUAGUUGAUGUAUUGGAUAGAAAUGUUAUUUUUUAUUCUAAUAUUGAUGUCAUAGAUUUUGAUAUUGCUAUAGAUGUUGUUGAUGUAAAUGUAGAUGUAGAUGUAGAUUUGAAUUCAGAUUUUGAUUCGUCUCAGUUUUCAUAUUUAGAUUUGGAUUUAGAUGUUUUACCAGGCUACACCUGUGAUAAUGACAUUUGUUCCAUUUGUGAUGAGAUUAAUACUGCCAUAUCUUCUGUUGUUUUACCUUCCAUUGCAGGUGCAGAUCCAAAUUCUAUGAUAUCCAUGGCUGCUGUUGCCCCACAACCUCCAUUAUCAAUUAUUCAGCAGCCACUUUCAUUGGAGUUGAGUCCUCUGCCAAAGCACCUUACAUAUGCUAAUCUGGAUGCAGAGCAGAGGAUUCACUUGGAGGAUGAGUCUAGGCCAGUGAGACAGCCCCAAAGAAGACUCAAUCCUACCAUUCUGGAUGCAGUGAAGAAGGAGAUUCAUAUUGCUCCUGAGGACCAACACAAGACCACUUUCACCUAUCCUUUCGACACUUUUUCCUAUAAAAGGAUGUCAUUCAGCCUAUGCAAUGCACCUGCUACUUUUCAAAGCUUAACCAGGGUGUUAGAAAGAUGUGUUGAAACUAACCUUGUGCUUAAUUAUGAGAAAUGCCACUUUAUGGCGUUUGAGGAGUUGAGGAGGAGACUCACCAUAGCACCUAUCAUGCAGCGACCAGAUUGGGAGCUCCCCUUUGAGUUGAUGUGUGACGCCUCCAACUUUGCACUAGGAGCUGUAUUAUCUCAGAGAGUUGGUAAAUUUCUCCACGUUAUUGCUUAUGCCUCUAGAACUCUUGAUGCAACUCAGAUAAAUUAUACCACCACUAAGAAGGAGCUGUUGGCUAUUGUAUUUGCAUUAGAUAAAUUUCGUUCUGAUCACUUGAGUCAUAUUGAAGGGACUGUUGACCCUUUACCUAUCCGUGAUAGCUUUCCUGAUGAUUAUUUAUUUGCUCUGAAUUCUAUAGAUUUUGUACCCUGGUUUGCUGAUAUUGUGAAUUAUUUGGUUACUUCUGUUGUAUCUCCUGAUGCAUAUAGAUCCCAGGUUGAUAAACUAAAAAGUAAUGCUAAAUAUUAUGUCUGGGAUGAUCCAUAUCUGAGGCCAUUUUGGACCGCAGAGGACAGUCAGGAGAGUAUUGGACAGAGGAUGCCUCAACAGGACAGUCAGAAGGCAGGAGGGACUAUUACCAGGAGACAUGAGAUGCCUCAACAGCCCAUUAUUUUUUGUGAGGUCUUUGAUGUUUGGGGCAUCGAUUUUAUGGGUCAUUUUCCUAUUUCUACUGGAUAUUCUUACAUAUUGCUUGCUGUUGAUUAUGUGUUCAGUGUGCCUAAGGCUAUCAUCAGUGACCAGGGGAGUCACUUCUGUAACAGGACCAUUGCAGCAUUGUUCCAGAAGUAUGGGUCUGAAAUUGAAAGGAAGUUCCAACUUCAGGAGCUUGAUGAAAUACGCUUGCAAGCCUAUGAGAAUUCUAGAUUGUAUAAAGAGAAAGUUAGGAGAUUUCAUGAUACACAUAUUCUGAUGAAAGAGUUCUUUGUAGGCCAAAAAGUGUUAUUGUUUAAUUCUCGGUCGAAAUUGAUUGCAGUUGAGAUUCAGGAUGAAGCUACCGGCAGGACUUUUAAAGUCAAUGGUCAUCAGCUAAAACUAUUCCAGGAGAGCAGACCAGUGGAGCCAGCUCAGAACAUAGUUGAUCUAUCCUUAGUGGAGCCUACUUUGAUGGAAGAUGUGUCUACAUAG